UAAACAAACACAGCCUUGGCGCUCCACACGUUAGUAACGAUCCGACAGUCAAGGUGAGCGAUCCCACUUCUCAGAAAUGGCCCCAUCGUACAAACUAAUCUACUUCCCGACCAGAGGCUGGGCAGAACCCAUCCGCUUCAUCCUCAGCUACGGAGGAGUGGAAUUCGAGGACGCCCGAAUCCCGCACGACAAAUGGCCAGCCUUGAAAGACCAAACCCCAUUCGGGCACCUCCCGGUCCUGGAACACAACGGCAAGCAGGCAGGUCAGAGCAUAGCCAUAGCGAGGUAUGCAGCCAAGCAGGUGAAACUGGCAGGUAAAGAUGACUGGGAGGACCUGGAAAUUGAUGCGGUGGUGGACACCAUCAAGGACAGUUGCUUGAAGCUGAGUGGUCUUCGUACGGAGACCGACGAAGAGAAGAAGAAAGCUUUGAGGGAGAACGUCCUGAAGGAGGUACUUCCGUAUUAUUUGAAACGGUUUGACGAGCUUUGUCAGAAAAAUAACGGAUAUUUGGCUGCAGGACGUCUGACGUGGGCUGACUUGUACUUUGUUAGUAUGUCACAAGCUUUGGAUAUCGUUGCUGGAUUCAAUAUUUUGAAGGACUACCCGAAGUUGGCGGCCUUGAAGGAGAAAAUUUUGGAGAUUCCCAACAUCAAGAAGUGGGUGGAGACGCGUCCUAAGUCAGAAUUUUAAAAUGAUUUGUAUUUAGCUUCUAAAUUAAAUUUUCUCAUCAUA